AGCUCUGCAGACUUCAGCGGCGGAUUUACUUUUCUUUUUUCCUCCUCUUCCGGUACCGGGCGAUUUGCGUGUGUGUGUCUGCGUGCGUUGCAGCGACGGCAAAUACCUCGACUUCCACACCUACAUAAACACAUAUAUAUACGAAGCAGAACAUUCCUUUUCUUUCCACUUCACUGGAGAAGUUCAGCCGCCGCUUCAGCUCUCAUCGAUCGCCGCUGCUGUUCGCGGGGAGACCACGGGUUGCCACUGCUGUUGCUCUUCACACAGGAAGGAGUUUAUAUAUUUAUUUAUAUAGAAAACAAGAAGAAGGCAAGGGAGAGGAGGGAAGCAAAUCAUGUCCACGCAGCCCAACUUGGACUUCUACGCGCGUGUCCCUACGCGGCGCGAUGUCGCGAAGGCGCGACUGGCGGAGCAGCGCAACACGAUGUACACGUGGCGUAGCGACGCAGCGCAGACGGAGUUUGACCCCCGCACCGGCGCGCGGCGUGGGCAGCGGCACGUCUACAGCCCUCGACCCACACAGCGGUAUACGGGCAGUGAGAACAACAGUAGUGCUUGCAACCGAAACAGCGGGGCGGAGCGUCGGGCGGUGCGAAUGGGCAGUGGGCGGAUGAGCGGCAAAGGCGACUACGUCGAGCAGGAAACGACGUGGUCGUCCGCGGCGGACCGCACGGGUGACCGGCGGCGGUGGUGGCGGCAGACGAACUUCACUUUCAGUCCCGAUCAUUUCCGCACCGGCAAAGGCGCCAGCGCAAAAGACGCGGACCACCGCAGCGGAAGGACGUCGCCGGAGGCUUACACGCCGUACAUACACGACAUCAUCGUGUUCUGCAAGCCGAUGCAGCACCUUGACGGAGCAGACACGAUCACUGCCGCAGCAGCAGCGCCGCCACCGCCACCACCAUCCCGCAGUGGCACGGAGGUUGUACUCGCCGUGACGUGCAACGGCGCGGAAGCGCGGGCUCGCGAACUGCAGGCCGCCGAGGAGGCCAAAAGCGGUGAGAUGCUGAGCCUCUCGUCGCUCUCGCCCGUUUCACGUAUGCAGCCGCAGACGAACGGGUACACCUACGCCCCGUCCUCCACGCCUGGGUUCGACGAGGGCGGCAGCAUCGCUCGGACAGCAGCAGCGGCAGCAGCAACAGGGACGGUGCACGGCUCUGUUGGCGGUGUGCCGUACGCCGCGACGCAGCCCUCCGCGAUGUCCUUCGACGAGGAGAUCAGCACCCCGGGCGACACCAAGGUGAAGCCCGGCAACGGAGCGCAUGCGACACAGUCGGCGCUGCGGCACAGCUCGAAAUCAACGUGGUGUGACGUUGUCGGCCCGACCAUGGCAAGCAAGCAGCGUGCCUUGACGAUGGCGGAAGGGAUCUACGGGGACUUGGUGGCGGGGGAGGCACAGCGCACGGGUACCGCCUACGGCUCCGCCGCCUCUCUUCGCAUGGCGACGGUGCCGACGUGUGAGUUAGCCUACAGCCUUCGCUCAUCGUACAUGCGCUCGACGCAGGCAAAGCACGAGCAGGGCGGCCGGCACGGCAGCCGACACGAGAGCGGCGGCGGCGGUGUCGGUGGCGGUGGUGGUGCCAGCGGCAGCCUUUCCCACAGUGCCGCGUACCCCGCAGGCAGUCCGCCAAGCAAGACGGUGGCGGGGGUCUCGACAAGCGCGAUAAGCCGCGCUACCCGCCCAGGGACUUCGCAGAGCUACCCAUCGCCGCAGCAGCAGCAACAGCAGCAGCAGAACAGUCUGCGACAGCCGCCACGGCCGCAGCGAUCGCCCUCGGCGAACACGACACUCAGCAACUCCGGCGUGCAGGUGAACAGCCUCUAUGGGAACGGACCCCACCGCCGCACCACCACGGCGGCCGGCUCUCACGGCCCCGUCGACGCGCCCUUCUUGAAGAACGCGGACGGCGACGGGGAGGACGUCCACGAAGACGGCGGCACGGCUAUUUCCGCGCUGCCACACCCAGGUUCGACGCGCGAUUUCGCUGCCAUCGGGGUGCCAUCAAGCGCCGCCGCAGCAGUAGCAGCAGAAGCAGGGGAAGGCAGCGUGAACCUCUGCCACCAAAGUCCCCUUCCUCCGCCUCCCUCGCAGCUUCCUGCACGACAGCAGCGUCAGCAGCAGCAGCAGCAGUCGGGGAAGGCGUUUUCGCCCGAUCACUCCAUGGCGAGCUCCUCUGCCGCGGCAGCAAGCCGCACCCUCACCACCGCCGAGCCGCACGGCGCGGACAGCGUCAACAUCCCGUGCGGGGAGACCAGUCAGACAGCGCCGCCCACGCUGUCGCAGCUCGCGCUCGAGCGGGAGAUGUCCCAUCACGACCACCACCACCACCAUCACCGCAAUAACAACACCAGCAACAGCACGGUGGCAGGAGGGCAGCGCACGUCACAAAGGAGCUCCCCACUUGUGGGGUCGGGGCGUCCCGCCAGUGGGUACCCCGUGUUACCAAGCAAACCGGAUACGGACCGACACGCACACUCGGCCGGCGCGCGGCUGGCGACGCAGACGAGAACAGCAACGACCGGUGACGGUGCAGGCGAUGCCGCGCAGUCGGCCAACCGAUCGCGUCACCGGCGCGGGCGGCGACUGCCAGCGCUGCGCAACACCACGAAGGAAAUACCCGGCUCAAGCGGGAGAGGUCAGCGCAGCGGAUCGACGGGGCAUGCGUACUCCGCCCUACCGCCACUAGGAGGAGAAGAUGCAGCAGCGCUGCUGGAAAGCGGGCGGCCGCCAGCGGAGGCGAAGGAGACGCGGGUGUAUGCGGUGCGAAUGCGCACCGCGUUUACGAGCGCGGACGCGGUGUUGCCGAAGCCGCGCGAGCCCCAGCGGCGAGGUGUGCCAGUGCUGCUGCCGGACGAUUGGCAAUAA